AUGGACUUUGCUGAAAAUACCACUGAUACCUCUGCAAAUAUAAACUACCAAAUUAACUACAACCAAAUUGAUUCUCCCAUCCUAUCUCCAACUCUCUCUCCAAUCACUUCACAGAUCGAACCCUUUUUAAACUCGGGCCUACUACUACCUUCAAACCACCAAAAUGACAUUAAUCCCAUAGACGAUGAAGAAAACUUGUUCAACUCAAACCACCCAGGCUCUCUAAGCUCGCUAGAAGAACUUCCUCAGGGAAGAAAUAUGGGUCUAUUCUCCACAAUCCUCCUUUUUAUCUCAAGAAUCGUCGGCUCUGGAAUCUUUGCCACGCCUGCCUCCAUCUUUAUUAGCUGUGGAGGCUCUCCCUUUUUGUUCUUUCUAGCCUGGAUCAUCGCUGCAAUAAUAACCUUCUCAGGCCUAUACAUUUACCUUGAACUAGGAUCUCUAAUGCCUAGGUCUGGUGGCACUAAGGUCUUUUUAGAAGUCAUCUACUACAAACCAACCUAUUUGAUCAGCGUCGUCUUUUCUCUAUACUCGGUCUUGUUUGGCUUUGUAAUAACAAAUGCUAUAAUCUUUGGCGAAUAUUUCCUAUAUUCUUGUGGCUUCGAUAACGAAAACCAAAGCAAAAAUCCUAGAUACGUUGGCGUCCUAUUGACCCUAAUAACAACUCUAAUCCAUGGCUACUCUGUCAAAACUGGAAUCCUAAUCAACAAUAUCGUCGGCUCGCUAAAGCUAAUUCUUUUGUUCAUUAUGACUUUAACUGGUUUUUUCGUUUUAGUGUUUCCCCAAUCAAUCACAAAAAUCGACAACCAGCUAACGUGGUCAAACUUCUUUCAAAACCAAAGAACUGUAACUCUCUCGUCAUUCUCAGCUGGCAUAUUUCAAGCCAUUUUCAGCUUCAGUGGUUGGAACAAUGUUCACACUGUAGCAUCUGAGAUUAAAAACCCUGUUAAAACAUUAAACCUAGCCGGUCCAGUUUCUUUGAUCAUCAUAUUGAUCUCCUAUUUCUUUACCAACAUUGCCUAUUUAAAAGUCGUGCCCCACGAUGAAAUCUUCAACUCGGGCCAAUUAAUCGGUUCCUUAUUGUUUGAAAAAAUAUUUGGUUACAAAAUUGGAAGACAGCUACUAACAAUGUCAGUGGCACUAUCUGCCGGUGGCAAUGUGUUUGUAGUCCUAUAUGCCAUAUCGAGAAUGAAUCAAGAAGUCUUUAGAGAAGGCUAUCUACCCUUUGCCUCACUAAUGGCUUCAAACAAACCCUUUGGUGCACCCUUGCCUGCACUACUCCUAUCCUUGUUCAUCACCACCUUUUUCAUGUUGGUGCCACCAGCAGGUAACGACGUCUACAGCUACAUUGUCAACUUGGAAUCAUACCCAUUUCAGUUGUUCAUGAUCUUAGUGGCAAUUGGUGUGCUCAUACUAAGAAAAAGAUUUCCCAAGAUAAAAGCACCAGUCCAGGCCAGCUAUUUUGGGAUCUUCAUCACUGUCAUAUUGUCGGUGGUGCUAGCCAUUGCCCCCUUCACUGCAAACGACCCCAACAACAACAUCAAGGGCUUUCCAAGCUACAGCUUGAUGAGCAUCAUCAUCUUGUUGGCCUGUGUGUUGUACUGGUUUGGCUUCUUCAUAGUGCUCCCAUACUUGGGCAAAUACACACUAAGGCCGGAGAACAGAGUGCAGGAGGAUGGGUUGGUGGUGAAGGAGUGGGUCAAGCUUCCAAUAGCGUAA